AUGCCCAUUCCAACGCGCUCGGCAUCGCUGCGCGAGCCCCGGAAGCCGAACUCUACUCUAGCACGACCCACGACCAACACUGCGAUCCCGACCACUGGAACGACCACAGUAUCUACGCGCCUGACGAAUGACAAGACUCGAUCUUCAGCCAACCCCUCGCCGGCCGAGGGCGCGUCCGUGAGAGGCAAUGCGGUUUCCAAUCGCGACCAUACGCUCCUCCCUCAGCGCAGCAACCUUGUUCGAGACAAUGGAAAUGGCUCGGGACAAGUGCGGUUUCAGCCACCAGAGAGCAGACUUCCGCAGCGGCGAGAGAUAUCACCGAAAAGGCAGCCGCAGACCAAUACAGAGGGAGAGAAACAGGGGACGCCCUCCUCGGCUACGAGUGGUUCGGUGCCUACGCGCCGCCAGAGCUUGAUACGGCCGGGGGCAUUGAGAACAGCCUCAACUAGAGACAAUGUCUCGGCUCCUGCAAAGGCCACUGGGCCGACUUUUGCGCCGCCGUCACCGCGAAAAGCAUCUACAGUACGAUCGUCCACGCAGUCCUCCUCUGCGGCCCCGAGACCCCCUUCUCCGAAAAAAACAGAAAUGCUCCCUCCGCAACGGCCCAUGCGGUCUGCGUCGUUCAGACAGCCCCGGAAUGCUGUAUCGGGACCCCCAACUGCCGCUCGAGGCCACGCCCGACACCGCAGCCAGAUGGUUUUGGUGAGUACGAAGCCGAUCCAGCUUGACCAAUCACCGGUAGCAGCCUCAAAACCUCGCGCACAAUUCUCGACCUAUCAGCAACACUAUUCACCCAAGAAACCUACCAAGCCUCCAACGCCUACUCCCGGAGCUAUCUCUGAAGCCGACAGUCUCAUUCCUACAUCCCGCCCAGAUAUUGCCGCAUUACAGACGGAGCUCCUACAGCUUAGUCUCUUUCACUCCGAUUCACUCCAGCAACAUGCAGAGUGGAAGUCAGAAUCAGAAUCUCGACUGCGCAAGAAGUAUGACAAUGUUUCUGACCAGUAUCGGGCUCUGCGGGUGGAUGAGCAGAGCCGCCAAUACCAGCUGAAUGUGCAGUCUCUGGGCUGUUGGCUCCAAAACUGCCGCGACCACCUCGGCCCGCAUGGAUUUGCUGAGCAGAUCCAGGUUCUGUCUCAAGUCUUGCAGGAUGUCUCUGAUCUCGGUCUAUGUGGGAUGAGCGGGCGGUAUACACAAGCGGUUAGGAGGUUUGAAGACUGGUUCCAGCAGGCACAAUCUCUUCGGCACCAGCGCGCGUCAUCGGGAACUUUCGAUGGAACGGUUUUCAUCGAUCCACUUGAUCGGUCCUGGAAAGAGGAGCUGCACGCGCUGCAUGCCAAGCUUGAGCUAUCCGCGCGACAACUCCAGAGUCUAGAUAUCCUAGGGUUUGGCGAGGUGGAGCUGUUAGAGCAAUCUGCGCUCACUCGGGUGGCUCAGAGCCUGACUGAGUCUAUGCAGCUGAUGAUGCAGGAGAUUCGUAGCAUGCAGACCCUCGAGGCAGAGCUUGUUCGGUCAGAGCAACAGUGCGUCAGACGAAUUGCGACCGCGCUGACUGGUCCGCGGCGGGAGAUGAGCGCACGAGUUGGCGUCUGGAGAUCUUGA